UUACUACUUACAAGACUUUUUUUCUCUCCAGAUAUUAAACUAACCAUGAAGAAAAAUAUUAUCAACACAUGGCACUCUUUUGUAAAUAUUCCCAAUAUGAUCGUACCAGAUAUUGAAAAGGAAAUAAGAAGGAUGGAAAAUGGAGCAUGCAGCUCCUUUUCUGAUGAUGAUGACAGUGCGUCUAUAUUUGAAGACUCAGAGAGCGAAAUCCCCCAUGCAAGGGAUUCCUUUAGAAGUAAUACGCACAGGAGAGGACAACCAUCACAGAGGGAACAGUACCUGCCUGGAGCCAUUGCACUUUUCAAUGUUAACAACAGCAGCAAUAAGGAGCAAGAACCGAAAGAAAAAAAGAAAAAGAAAAAGGAAAAGAAGAGCAAGCCAGAUGAUAAAAAUGAAAAUAAAAAGGACUCAGAGAAGAAAAAGAAGAAAGAAAAGGACAAAGACAAGAAGAAGAAAGAGGAGAAAGGUGAAGAUAAGAAAGAGGAGAAAGGCAAAGAUAAGAAAGAAGGGGAGAAGAAGGAAGUCACGGUUAUUGAUCCCUCAGGAAACAUAUAUUACAACUGGCUGUUUUGCAUCACCUUACCUGUUAUGUACAACUGGACUAUGAUUAUUGCAAGAGCAUGUUUUGAUGAACUUCAGUCUGAUUACCUGGAAUACUGGCUCAUUUUUGAUUACUUGUCAGAUUUAGUCUAUCUUCUUGAUAUGUUUGUACGAACAAGGACAGGUUACCUAGAGCAAGGGCUACUGGUGAAGGAAGAGCUUAAACUCAUAGAGAAAUAUAAAUCAAAUUUUCAAUUUAAGCUUGAUGUUCUAUCAGUGAUACCAACCGAUCUGCUGUAUUUUAAGCUGGGGUGGAACUAUCCCGAAAUUAGACUAAACAGACUGUUAAGGAUCUCUCGAAUGUUUGAGUUCUUCCAGAGAACAGAAACCAGGACAAACUACCCAAACAUCUUCAGGAUUUCUAACCUUGUCAUGUAUAUCAUCAUCAUCAUCCACUGGAAUGCGUGUGUGUACUUCUCUAUCUCCAAAGCCAUUGGGUUUGGAAAUGAUACGUGGGUCUAUCCUGAUGUGAAUGAUCCUGACUUCGGCCGUUUGGCUAGAAAAUACGUAUACAGCCUUUACUGGUCUACACUGACUUUGACCACCAUCGGUGAAACGCCACCUCCUGUGAGGGAUUCCGAGUAUGUCUUUGUGGUGGCUGAUUUCCUAAUCGGAGUGUUAAUUUUUGCUACCAUUGUUGGUAACAUAGGUUCUAUGAUUUCCAACAUGAAUGCAGCCAGAGCGGAGUUUCAGGCAAGAAUUGAUGCGAUCAAGCAAUACAUGCAUUUUCGAAAUGUGAGCAAAGACAUGGAAAAGAGAGUCAUUAAAUGGUUUGACUACCUGUGGACCAACAAAAAAACAGUGGAUGAGAGAGAAGUCUUGAAAUAUCUACCCGAUAAACUAAGAGCAGAGAUCGCCAUCAACGUUCACUUAGACACAUUGAAAAAGGUGCGUAUUUUUGCAGACUGUGAAGCCGGUCUGUUGGUGGAGUUGGUCUUAAAAUUACAACCUCAAGUCUACAGUCCUGGAGAUUAUAUUUGCAAGAAAGGGGAUAUUGGACGAGAGAUGUACAUCAUCAAGGAAGGCAAACUCGCCGUGGUGGCAGAUGAUGGAGUCACUCAGUUUGUGGUAUUGAGUGACGGCAGCUACUUCGGUGAGAUUAGCAUCCUAAACAUCAAAGGCAGUAAAGCUGGCAAUCGAAGAACGGCCAAUAUUAAAAGUAUAGGCUACUCAGAUCUGUUCUGUCUCUCGAAAGAUGACCUCAUGGAAGCUCUUACUGAGUACCCAGAUGCCAAAUGUAUGCUGGAAGAGAAGGGGAAGCAAAUUUUGAUGAAAGAUGGUCUACUGGAUGUAAACAUCGCAAAUGCUGGAAGUGAUCCUAAAGAUCUGGAAGAGAAGGUCACCCGAAUGGAGGGGUCAGUAGACCUCCUGCAAACAAGGUUUGCUCGCAUUCUGGCCGAGUAUGAGUCAAUGCAGCAGAAACUGAAGCAGAGACUAACCAAGGUUGAGAAAUUUCUAAAACCACUUAUUGACACAGAAUUCUCAGCUAUUGAAGGGACUGGAGCUGAAAGCGGGCCCACAGACUCUACAUAGGACUGAAAAGCUGGUUAUGCAUAAGGUUAUGCCUCGUGAUCCUUUCGGUGAUGUGAUAAAGGCAGCUGUAAGUUGGAAGAAGAGGAAUAGUCAUCUGGAAAUUCUUCCAUAAGGAAAAUGUGCUUUGGUGCAGGGCACAAGGCUGCACAUUCCCUUGUGAGGUACUGUGACUACAGAAUCAUCGCACUUUGAAUUUUUCACAAUGGAUAAUAUGCAAAGAUAGAAACCAAUAAACUUGUCAGAAUCUGUACCUUUUGAUUUUUUUUCACAUAUGCUCCUUUUAUGUAAGACUCUUUAUAAAAGUGAACAAGGAUCCCUC